UCUGCACAUCGAGAGUUGUAGUUCCAGAGUGAGGAACUGGACGUGCUUCUAAGCGUCCAUGUUGAGCCCUGGAAACUACAACGACCAAAGGGCCACGGGCUCCUGGGCGGUUUCUCGUUUCCGUCGAGUCCAACGUUUGGGGCUGCUUCUGAGGGAUCAGCUCAACUGGCCAGCAAGUUCAGCUCCACCAAGUCAUUUGAUUCACCUGGUGAUGAAAUGGGGGUCAACCAGUCUGUGGACUUUCCGCCUGUCACAGGACCGCAUCUCGUAGGCUGUGGGGAUGUGAUGGAGGGUCAGAAUCUCCAGGGGAGCUUCUUUCGACUCUUCUACCCCUGCCAAGAGGCAGAGGAGACCAUGGAGCAACCUCUGUGGAUUCCCCGCUAUGAGUACUGCACUGGCCUGGCCGAGUACCUGAAGUUUAAUAAGCGUUGGGGCGGCUUGCUGUUCAACCUGGCUGUGGGAUCUUGUCGCCUGCCUGUUAGCUGGAAUGGCCCCUUUAAGACAAAGGACUCUGGAUACCCCUUGAUCAUCUUCUCCCACGGCCUAGGAGCCUUCAGGACUUUGUAUUCAGCCUUCUGCAUGGAGCUGGCCUCACGUGGCUUUGUGGUUGCUGUGCCAGAGCACAGGGACCGGUCAGCAGCAACCACCUAUUUCUGCAAGCAGGCCCCAGAAGAGAACCAGCCCACCAGUGAAUCGCUGGAGGAGGAGUGGAUCCCUUUCCGUCGAGUUGAGGAAGGGGAGAAGGAAUUUCAUAUUCGGAAUCCCCAGGUGCAUCAGCGGGUAAGCGAGUGUUUACGGGUGUUGAAGAUCCUGCAAGAGGUCACUGCUGGGCAGGCUGUCUUUAACAUCUUGCCUGGUGGCUUGGAUCUGAUGACUUUGAAGGGCAACAUUGACCUAAGCCGUGUGGCUGUGAUGGGACAUUCAUUUGGAGGGGCCACAGCUAUUCUGGCUUUGGCGAAGGAGACCCAGUUUCGGUGUGCGGUGGCUCUGGAUGCUUGGAUGUUUCCUCUUGAACGUGACUUUUACUCCAAGGCCCGGGGCCCUGUGUUCUUUAUCAAUGCUGAGAAAUUCCAGACAAUGGAGAGUGUCAAUUUGAUGAAGAAGAUUUGUGCCCAGCAUGAACAAUCUAGGAUCAUAACCGUUCUUGGUUCUGUUCAUCGGAGUCAAACUGACUUUGCUUUUGUAACUGGCAACUUGAUUGGUAGAUUCUUCUCCACUCAAAACCGUGGGAGUCUGGACCCCUAUGAAGGGCAGGAGGUUAUGGUGCGGGCCAUGUUGGCCUUCCUGCAGAAACACCUUGCAGGUGCUGUGUGCAGGGCAGUUUCCAUGAGAAAGGAGCUGGGCUUGCCUGAAUUUCAAAGACCUGAAAGAAGACUAUGAUCAAUGGAACAACCUUAUUGAAGGCAUUGGACCGUCGCUCACCCCUGGGGCCCCCCACCAUCUGUCCAGCCUGUAGGCACAACUGGCCAUUUGUAAAGGUCACUUGAACCAAGUUUCCAUUUGGGAGCUAUCCAGGGGCACCCAUGAGCUCCUAUCAGGAGGUGGUCAACAUGACCCUUUUCACAGCUUGAAAGGUGUAAUCACACUGCUACUUGGAUAACUGGGUACUUUGAUCUUAGACCUGAUCUUAAAAUCACUUUGGGACUGAGAUCACUUACUGAUUGACCAACAGACUUUCUGGGGCCUUAGUCCUGAUGGAGUGGGGAAUAAGCAGUAGAGUGGGACUGGGGGAAACCCAAGCCCCGAGCUGAGCACUGUGAGGUCUGGAUGUAAAGACUUAGCCCAGCGAGCGCAUUCCCUCACCCAUGGCCGGUGCUGCUUCAGUGGAAGAGAUGAAGCCAAAGGAUGGAGUGAAAAUUCUUACCGCCAGGAACUCUAGCCCAACCCAACACUAUCUCUUCCUACCUGUUAGCCUUUUCCUUCCCCAGGGCCACUUGGUGAAGUCUGAGCACUUUAGGUAAAUUUCUAGGGUAUGGGCUGUGAUCACACUUUCUAUUUAUUUCCAGGUCUUCUCAUUGCAUGAAACAUAGUACUACUUAUA